AUGGACGCCGGCAACGACAUCAACCGCCUCUGCGCCAACAUCAUACUCUUCCGAGGCCCCAACUCCGCUACGCCCACGUUCUGGGCGACUAUGUCGUCGGCUCUCAUACUAGGAGCAGUUCGUAAAAUUGCUUCCAAGGGCGGCUUGUAG